AUGGCAGCUGAAGAAGGCCAAACCAAGUUCGAUGGGGAAGCCUUACAAAAGGCAUUUCUUGAUAUGAAGUCGAUGGUUGAUGUUCUUCUCCAGGAAAGACAAGAACAACAGAAACAUGAGAAAGGAGGUGCAUCAAAACUAGAGGAUAAAGGAAAAAGACUAGGAGGUGGUGGUUCCCCACCAAAAACUCCUCCUUCUCCUCUUUCUUCUCCUUCUCCCCCUUGUUCUCCAUCUUCUUUUGUUAAUCCUUUUAAGGGCACACAUAAGCCCGUAAUCAAACUUGAUGUAAAAUUUGAAUUGCCUAAAUAUAGUGGGGAACUAAGUGCUGAAAAACUUGAUGAUUGGAUACAACAAGUAGAGGUUUACUGUAGGAUACAGGGCCUGAUAGAAGAUGCCUCUAGGAUACAGUUGGCUACUCUCCGUUUAGGAGGUACUGCUCUCACCUGGUGGGAGAGUAGGACCCAAGAGGAGAUUGCUCAUCAUGGUAGAGUUAGGAUGUCCUGGAUGGAGUUUGUUGCCACUCUUAAAGAGCAAUUCUAUCCUUUAGGACACAUGCAACAACUAACUAUGAAUUUCCAAACCUUUAGGCAAGCAAAAGGCCAAUCAGUGCAGGAGUACACCCACGAGUUUAGAAAACGGGCAAUAGCAUUGAAUGUACCCUUGUAUACCCAAGAUACCCUGCUUAAAUAUAUAGGUGGUUUACAUUCCUACCUCCGACACACUAUCCUCAUGUUGAAUCCUAGUAAUCUGGAUCAGGUAUGUGUCCAAGCUAAUCAUAUUGAGUCUAGGGGUAAGAACACUUUUAGUGAAAGCUUUGCUAAGAAAUCAUCCAAGAAACCACCAGAGGGAAAAUCAAAGGAUAAAGGUAAAGGGAAGAAGACGGCUAUAGUAAAGAAAGAGGAUGCUAAGCCUACAUGCUCUCAUUGUAAGAAAGAAGGGCAUGAAGAUGCUAAGUGCUGGAAAUUGCAUCCAGAGUUGAGGCCAAAGCGAUACGGAGGUAACAAAGGUCCAAAGAAGACUACUGCGGUGAUCCAACAAGAUCUUGGAUCUGAUUCUGGAGAUGAAACUCAGAUAGUUGCUACUAGCAUCCAAGGUACAGUGAAAGGUAAAACUCUCUCAUCAGAUGCAAUUGUUUCUAAUGCAAGUACAAGUAAAGAAAUUUCUCUUCCUAAUGUGGAUAAACAAAGGAAUGAACUUUUUCACAUCCGUGUGGUAACUAAACACACUAAGAUUGAUACUUUAUUUGAUACUGGUUCACAAGUCAACUUAAUUUCUGAAGAGGUUGUGAAGAAAUUGAAUCUAACUACUACUCCUCAUCCUAAGCCCUAUCCACUGGGAUGGGUAUGUAAUGAUUCACAGUUGCAGGUGACAAAACAGUGCAAACUACGUUUUGCCAUUACUACUAAUUUUACUGAUGAGGUAGAGGUAGAUGUGGUACCUUUGCAUAUUUGUGGGCUUGUGUUAGGAAGUCCAUAUCUUUUUGAUAGACAGGCAAUCUUUUACAGGGAGGAGAAUAAGUAUCAUUUGUUCAAAGAUGGUAAAGAGUACAUAGUUAGAUCACAUAAAGUCAAAACUAGUCUUGCAUUAGUAAAUGCUGGUCAAAUGAAAAGAUUAGUAAAUGCGAGUAAAAACUUUGUUCUUAUGCUUGUAAAAGCCAAGGAUGAUGAUAAAUCCGAGGCAUUUAAGGGGUGUAAACUAGAACAUAAGGCCGAGUUGGUCAAAAUUAUAUCUACAUAUGAUGACCUUUUUCAGGAACCAAAGGGGUUGCCCCCCAAGAGAGAGAUCCAACAUGAGAUACAUUUGCAGCAGGAUGUGCCUCUGCCUAAUAUCGGCAUGUAUUGCUUAUCUGUUCUACAAAAUGAAGAGAUCAAGAAACAGGUUCAAGAGUUAGUCGAGAAAGGAGUAAUUCGACCAAGCACUUCUCCAUGUGGCUCGCCAAUUGUCCUAGUGCCAAAGAAGGAUGGGUCCUGGAGGAUGUGUAUUGACUAUCGAGCCCUAAAUAAGAUCACGAUAAAGAAUAGGUAUCCUCUUCCUCGUAUUGAUGAUUUACUUGAUCAACUAAAGCAUGCGGUUUAUUUUACUAAGCUGGAUUUGCGAAGUGGUUAUCAUUAG